UCUCUCUCUCUCUGUAUAAUAUCCCGCCGAUUCUCGGCGCCGACUCCUCACUUUGCUCUCUCCCUCUCCCCUUCUCGGCCUCGCAUAUCGUCGCCGACUCCUCAUUCCUCUCUCUCUCUCUCUCUCUCUCUCUCUCUCUCUCUCUCUCCAAUGGGGACUUCGGUCCAGGUGACUCCCCUGUGCGGCGUAUACGGCGAGAACCCGCUGUGCUACCUCUUGUCCAUCGAUGGCUUCAACUUCCUCAUGGAUUGUGGGUGGAACGACCUCUUCGACCUCAACCUCCUCCAACCCCUCUCUAGGGUAGCAUCAAAAGUUGAUGCCGUUUUGCUAUCACAUCCUGACAUUCUUCACCUAGGCGCCUUGCCGUAUGCUAUGAAACAUCUCGGACUCUCUGCUCCUGUUUAUUCGACAGAACCUGUCUAUAGACUUGGUCUUUUGACCAUGUAUGAUCACUACCUUUCUCGAAGACAAAUUUCAGAUUUUGAUUUGUUUAGUCUGGAUGAUAUAGAUGCUGCUUUCCAAAAUGUUACUAGAUUGAAAUACUCACAGAACUACCAUCUCUCUGAUAAAGGAGAAGGGAUUGUUAUUGCUCCUCAUGUGGCUGGCCAUCUUCUGGGAGGUACUGUUUGGAAGAUUACAAAGGAUGGAGAGGAUGUCAUAUAUGCAGUUGACUUCAACCAUCGAAAAGAACGGCACUUGAAUGGGACUGUCCUAGAAUCUUUUGUACGACCGGCUGUUCUGAUAACGGAUGCUUUUAAUGCCUUAAAUAAUCAGCUUUACAAACGUCAAAGGGACCAAGAGUUCAUUGAGGCAAUACUGAAAGCACUGAGGGCUGAUGGCACUGUUUUGCUCCCUGUUGAUACAGCUGGGAGAGCAUUGGAACUUAUUUUGAUACUGGAGCAGUAUUGGGAUCAGCAGCAUUUAAGUUUCCCAAUCUUCUUUCUGACAAACGUAGCUACAAGCACAAUUGAUUAUGUCAAGAGUUUCCUUGAGUGGAUGAGUGAUUCGAUAGCAAAAUCCUUUGGACAUACACGAGACAACGCCUUCUUAUUGAAACAUGUAACACUCAUAAUCAAUAGGAAUGAGCUAGACAACUUUACUGAUGUUCCAAAGGUAGUUUUAGCAUCUAUGGCUAGUUUGGAGGUUGGCUUCUCUCAUGACAUUUUUGUUGAAUUGGCAACAGAUGCAAAGAAUCUUGUGCUUUUUACAGAGAAGGGCCAGUUUGGGACGCUAGCACGCAUGCUUCAAGUGGACCCACCGCCCAAAGCUGUAAAGGUUAUUAUGAGUAAAAGAAUUCCUUUAGUUGGUGAUGAAUUGAAAGCCUAUGAAGAAGAACAAGAACGCAUUAAAAAAGAAGCCACCCUUAAGGCUAGCCUUGUUAAAGAGGAGGAAUCAAGGGUUUCUCAUGGAUCAGAUGCUAAUGUUGCUGAUCCAAUGGUGAUCGAUGUCAGCUCUUCUCAUGUUUCAUCCAACAUAGCCAGCUCACAUCUUGGUGGCCAUAUGGACAUUGUGAUUGAUGGAUUUGUUCCACCAUCCACCAGUGUUGCUCCAAUGUUUCCCUUCUUUGAAAACACAGCUGAAUGGGAUGACUAUGGUGAAGUCAUCAAUCCUGAUGAUUACAUUAGGAAGGAAGAAGAUAUGGAUCAGUUCUCCAUGCUUGCCACUGGAGAUGGUUUAGAUGGUAAGCUUGACGAAGGUUCCGCGCACUUGCUCCUUGAUUCAACACCCUCUAAAGUUGUUUCGAGUGAAACGACCGUGCAAGUGAAGUGUGCAUUGACUUACAUGGAUUUUGAAGGUCGGUCUGAUGGGCGUUCUGUAAAAUCUAUUCUAGCUCACGUGGCUCCAUUGAAACUUGUUCUAGUGCAUGGGUCAGCAGAGGCGACUGAGCACCUGAAAAUGCACUGUGUGAAACAUGUCUGCCCUCAUGUUUAUGCACCACAGAUUGAAGAAACUAUUGAUGUGACCUCUGAUUUGUGUGCUUACAAGGUGCAGCUUUCAGAGAAGUUAAUGAGUAAUGUUCUCUUUAAGAAGUUAGGCGAGCAUGAGAUCUCAUGGGUGGAUGCAGAAGUAGGAAAGACAGAUGACAUGCUUACCCUUCUCCCUCUUUCAUCAAACCCACCAGCCCACAAAUCUGUUCUUGUGGGAGAUCUGAAGCUGGCAGAUUUCAAGCAGUUCCUUGCAGGCAAAGGUGUCCAGGUGGAAUUUGCGGGGGGAGGUGCCUUACGGUGUGGCGAGUACGUAACGCUGCGGAAGAUAAGUGAUUCCAGCCAGAAGGGUGUUACCGGUGCUCAGCAAAUAGCUAUAGAAGGCCCCUUGUGUGAAGAAUAUUACAAGAUUCGGGACCUUCUCUAUUCACAAUUUUACUCGCUAUAACUUACCGCAGGGCUGUCACUGUUAUUUAUAAUCCACUCACUAGUUCAUGUUGAACAGGUAGGUAGGAUUGUUUUCUCCGACUGCACCGCAUUAGGCUUUUCCGGCGCCUUUUUGCACAAUCUCAUUUGCCAUUGGCGGAAGCUAGAAACUGGCCAAGAGCUUUGCUAGUUUAAUUUUUGUAAUAGCAUUGUCGUGCCAUUUAAUUUUUGUUGUUACUUAACAUGGAGUGGCUGAAGCUGCCUUUUGUCUACUAUGCUUUGCUUCCGUGGCUGGGUGAAGAUGCUAUUCUUGCAGGGGAGGCGAGUAGCGUCUGAUGGCUCGGUGUAUAUCUAAGAAUUAGAGUCGUCAUUUCGAGUAUACUUAUAAUUCUUCGCACUUAGUUCGCUGGCAUGCGCUCUAAUAUGUGGCAGGAAUGCAUCGAUGCCUGCAAGGUGUGGUACCAGUGUAGAUUUUGAGUUCGUAUGUUUUGCAUGUCCUUUUCUUUUAGCAA